UAGAGCUUAUAAACGCACGCUCUAGUCCUAAAUAUAAAAUAAUAUAAUUUAUAUAAUUAUAAAAAAGGUGUUAAUAAUGGCCCCUGUGAAUCUAACUACAGUGAAUUCCGAUGGCUUUAAGCGGUUUUUGGACUCGUUUGAUCAUGUGUUCUCCGAUUGCGACGGUGUACUUUGGUUAACGCAAGCAAUAUUACCAGGAGUAGGCGACUUUUUCAGAUUAAUGAAAGAAAAUGGAAAAACAGUACAUUUUGUUUCCAAUAAUAGUAUGCGAUCAAGAGGAAACUAUAGAGCAUUGUUCGAGAAAGCUGGUGUCUCACACGGGUUUGACAGUCUGAUAACUCCCUCUGUAGCAAUGGUCGAAUAUCUUAAGUCAGUUAAUUUUGACAAGCACGUAUAUUGUUUAACAUGUGAAGAAACAAUAAAGAUGCUGGAAGUGAACGGAUUCAAAACCAAAUAUGGACCAGAUGUGUGCCACAAAUUCCUCGAUAACUUCGCGGACUUCACGCAGUACCUGAUCGACGACGCCGACAUCGGGGCAGUGGCGUUCGAUAGCGACUACAAGGUGAACCUGCCCAAGAUGUACAAGGCCGCCACGUACCUGAGGAGGCCCGAAGUGCUCUUUAUGAACGGCCCGACGGAUAAGUUCGUGCCGUUGAAGGGACAAAUGACAAUAGGUGUGGCAUUCGCUGCCGAAUUGGUGUCGGAAUUAGUAAACAGGGAGCCCAUCGGUUUGGGGAAGCCGUCAAAGAACUUCGGAGUGCUCGGGAUGAGACGAGCGGGGGUGACUGACCCUAGUAGAGUGUUGUUUAUCGGAGACACGCUCGAGCAAGACGUGCGCCUAGGCAAGAACACUGGCUUCAAAACAUUGCUGGUGCUAACUCAGCACACGGAACAGAUAAUGAUGGCUGAACCUGUCGCCCUGCAACCAGACUUCUUUGCCCCGUCUUUAGGAACUAUAGUACCUAAGUUUACAUACGUGAAAAACUAGCAGCGGGACUUUUUGGGUUAAAACAUGGACCCGAUUUUGAUUUGACAUUUGUUUAGGUACGGUUUAGACUGUUUUGGUACGACCUAGAACAGUGGUUCCUAACCUUUUUAGUACUGUCACCCCUUUGACCAACUAGAGAACUCAAUUUUACCCCUCCUCCAUAAUCAUUAAUAUUUUUUCUUACAGAUAGGUACCCCAAAAUAUUUAUCAGUACGGUUUUUACUCACUAUUAUUUUUAGUCGCCGCCGCCGCGUACACUCGUGCCUGAGGAUGGAUUCCCAAAGAAUCCGAAACAUGUCGCCAAAAGCGACUAAAAAUAAUAGUGAGUAAAAACCGUACUGAUAGAUAUUUUGAAAUAUGUCUCACGAUAGUUUAAGUGAGAUAGGUACCCCCGUAAAAUGCCAGUUUUACCCCCACGGGGGUAAUUAUCCCCAGGUUAGGAACCGCUGAUCUAGACGAUUGUCUUGGUGAUUGGUGCGCAUGCGCAUCUAACACACGACUUCCAUAGCAUUUUGGAAAGUCGUAUCAAAACCGUAAAAAAUGUUACAUCAGAAUCGUCCUCAUAGCUUUUCCGGAAGAAGGCAUGUAACUUGUAUACAUAUAUUGUAUAAUAUUAUAUGUAGGUUUAUUAAGUACAUUUGAAUUUACAUAUCAAAACCUGUCACUAGACUUAAUCAGCUAAGGAAUUGUGAGUUUCAAAGGAAUAUUCCAAUAUAGAAUUAUUUUAUAUAAAAAGAUCUUAUUUCAUGCAGGGUGUACUGAAGGACAAAUGCCUAUAUUGUAACCGCGGGAGUUAUGUAUUGUGCUAGCUUUUUUUUAUAAUGUCACUAAUUCAUACAAACCACGUAGCGUAAAUAAGUUUUACUUUUAAAAUACUGACGUUUAUAAUUUAAUAGAUUUGUUUAUUUAUUUAUUCAUAAUUGUAAUAUAAUUAUAAUUUUAGGUUAUUUUUAUUAAAUAAAGCAGUUUUAAAUAUA